AGUUCGUCCAUCCAUUCUCCAGCAUUACGGCUCAUCACGACGACAUCACCCCCCUGGAUUUGGUACUGCGUUCGACGAUUCGGUACUUUUUUCAAGCUUCGGGAAACCUUGUUAAGCCUGGCCUCUGGGAUUGGCCCCAUUUUUGCUUCACACAUUUCUUCGAUGACGCAAUGUCCAUCAUCUCUCGUGAUGCUAAACGGAAAAGGUAUGAUCUCCAACCCAUCCUCAAGAUUUCCACUGACUUUUAUAUUCAAGAGCAGCACAACGAACCCAAUUCUCGAAUGCGAUCUCGAGAAUUCCAGACACCGGGGUUUCAACAUCGAAGGUCGCAACCUCGACGAAUGGAGUAAACACUGUCAGUCAGAGCGGUGGCGCGGGCCCAGGUAUGUUAGCUUCAUGCCAUGUGACUAUAUACACCUAGUUCAUAUAACAAUUGAUCAGAUCACUCUACGACAACCGGCGAAAAAAGGCGAUCCGUCUCGAACGAUGACGAGGUGGCAGACGGCGACAUCCAGCAUCAAGCUAUAA